GCUUGGAGCGUCUUCUUCCGCAGCUGGCUCUCCUUCAUCCUACUUGUCUCCGCCUGCAUCCUCUGGAUCCUGCCAAACUCGCGCUCAGCCUGCCUUGUCUGUAGCCCGCUGAUUGUGGCCUAUGGCAUGUGCAUCAUUCUGCUGCAGUACGUCUACUGCUUCAACCUCUCAGAGACCGAACUGCCCACCUACAUCAACCACCUCUCCAUCAACCUCACUGAGGUCGGCCUGCAUCGUUGGACCACGCCCGUAGGACCUCUAGCUCUUCAGUUGUGUUUUCUCAUCUUCUUCUGGCUGAACCUGCGUCUCUUCACGGUGGAACGUCUGGCCAAUCGGCGGGGUUUGAGGAAGGUGCCGUCACACAGGGGGAAUCCCGAGUACCAACUGCAGGAUGUGCCCAACACCACUGCUGCAACCAUUGUGGCCUCGAAGGCGGCUUGGAACCAGACGAACAGCAGUUCUCUACCAACUCUGAUCAUGCAGACACGACAUCUCACGGUGACUAGACCGACUGACGUGAUAGAACACCUGGAUGGUGACAUGAUUACCGCCACUUCCGCCGGCACCGCCGCCACCACUUCCUCGUCCUUCCCUGCUCUCAAUGAGGCUGGAGUGGGGCUCCCCUUCAUGCCACCCUCUGAACCCGCCUCCCCGGGCAAUCUGGGUCCCGGGAUCACUAUUGUCGAUGACGAGCGCUAUACUCGUUUCACCAACUUCCUAUACCUGCUCUGCGUUCGCUACUGGAUCGCACUCUGCUGUCUUACCAUGCUGGUGCUUUCUCUUCGUCCGCCGGUGGUGAUAUUCCGCAUCGGCUACAUGCUCCACCUGCUCUACUUCUUCACACUCUUCAUGGUAUGUCGCGCCCUUUCCUUGCACACACGCACUCCCCGCAGCCCACUCCCCCCUCCCCCCUCUCCGAACGACAGAAUUUAUGCCUAG